AUGGCCCCCAAAGCCGUCCAGCUGAAGUGCUACUGCAAUGAGUAUCCGUGGGGGAAGCAGGGCUCCCAGUCCGUUGCUGCUCGACUGGCUUCCAAGACACCCGGAACUGAUUUCAAGCUUGAUGAGAACAAGCCCUAUGCCGAGAUGUGGUACGGCACCUACCCCGAGCUGCCUGCCUAUGUUUUGGAGACGGGAGAAAACCUUCAGGAUUUCAUCAACAAGACCCCGGACGAGCUGAUGGGCACGAUCGUAAUUCAGAAGUUCGGCCAGGAUUUGCCUUACCUUCCCAAGGUUUUGUCUAUUGCGAAAGCUCUUCCCCUUCAACUGCACCCGAACAAGACGCUUGCUGCCGAGUUGCAUAAACGGAACCCCUCGAGCUUCACUGACCCGAACCACAAGCCCGAAAUUGCAGUUGCUUUGACCAAAUUUGAAGCCUUCUGUGGCUUCAAACCGCUCAACGACAUUGAAGAGUUGAUCUCGCUUGAGCCUUUGCAGCGCUUCUUGCCCACGGUCAGGAAACCUACGUUUGACGAUCAGACGCUCAAGCACGUUGUGCAGAGCAUGCUUGAGGCAUCAGAGUCUGACGUGAAGCAAGUCGAAGAGGCGCUGGCCAAAGUGGAUAAGUCGGCUUUUGGAAAACACACCAACAUUCCAGAGCUGCUGCCGCGCCUACAAGGCCAGUAUGGGAAGACGGAUCCUGGCAGUCUGGUUGCCCUCAUCACCAUGAACUACCUGGUACUGCAGCCCGGCGAGAGCAUCUACAUCCCCGCCGAUGGAAUCCAUGCCUACCUUGCUGGCGAUAUUAUCGAGUGCAUGGCGCGGUCGAACAACGUCCUAAACACCGGCUUCUGCCCGCGUCCUGACCGGGACAACAUCGAGACGUUCAUUUCCUGCCUGACAUUUAUGCCCCACGACGCCAAGGAGGCCAUCUUGCCUAGCAAGCCCUACCAACGCAGCAAGAACGGCCAUACGAAGGUGUACGCUCCCCCCAUGAGCGAGUUCAACAUGCUCGCAACAGAAGUUCCCAGUGGAUCUACCGAGACUCUGUCUGCCAUCUCUGGACCCAGCUCGCUGGUCUGCACCCAAGGUUCGGGUGAGCUCAAAGUCGACGGAAAGGUACACGAGCUCAAGGAGGGCUACAUUUUCUUUGUUGGACAGGGGGUUGAUGUUGAAUACAAAGCCAAAGAGGCGCUUCAAGUAUUCACUGCUUAUGUAGAGUAG